AUGGCGGCGUACGGAGAGGCGGGACUACGGGAAGAUGGCGGUGCCGGAGGGGCGGGACGGGGGCGGGACGGACCCCGUCGGGAGGCAACGGAGUGGCCGGGAAGCGGCGCAGGAGGAUGGAGGGCGGCGAGUGGCUCGUCCCCAAGGGCUUCCCCAAGCUGAAGAACGACACGUUCCUGCGAGCGGCGCGCGGGGAGGAGACGGAGCACACCCCGGUGUGGUGCAUGCGGCAGGCAGGGCGCUACCUGCCCGAGUUUCGGGAGACCCGGGCGGCGCAGGAUUUCUUCGCCACUUGCCGGAGCCCUAAAUUGUGCUGUGAGCUGACACUGCAGCCACUCAGACGAUUCCCCCUGGAUGCUGCCAUCAUCUUCUCUGACAUCUUGGUGGUGCCCCAGGCGCUGGGCAUGGAGGUUGUCAUGGUCCCUGGCAAAGGACCCACAUUCACAGAGCCCCUGAAGGAGGUGGAGGAUCUGCUAAAACUACGACAGAAGGUGGAUGUGACAGCAGAGCUGGGCUACGUCUUCCAGGCCAUCACGCUGACACGACACAGCCUGGAGGGCAGGGUGCCUCUCAUUGGCUUCUCCGGGGCGCCUUGGACGCUCAUGUCCUACAUGAUUGAAGGUGGUGGCUCCACUACAAUGUCCAAGGCUAAGAGCUGGCUCUACCGUCACCCCGAGGCAAGCCACCGACUGCUGCGGCUGCUGGCCGAUGUCGUCACUGACUACCUGGUGGGGCAGGUGGCUGCUGGAGCGCAGGCGCUCCAGCUGUUUGAGUCCCAUGCGGGGCACCUGGGCCCGGAGCAGUUUCAGGACUUUGCCCUGCCUUACAUCCGAGACAUCGCCCAGGCUGUCAAGAGCAAGCUGAAGGAGGAGGCACUGCCCCUGGUGCCCAUGAUCAUUUUUGCGAAGGAUGCACACUACGCGCUGCGUGACCUGGCCCAUGCUGGUUACGAGGUGGUCGGUCUUGACUGGACCAUCCGGCCCCAAGAAGCUCGCGCACAGAUAGGGAAAGAUGUCACCCUGCAAGGGAACCUGGAUCCCUGCGCUCUCUACGCACCCAAGGAGAAGAUUGGCGAGCUGGUGAAGAAGAUGCUGGAGGGUUUUGGGACCCAACGCUACAUCGCCAACCUGGGCCACGGCCUCUACCCCGACAUGAACCCUGAGCACGUGGGUGCCUUUGUAGAGGCCGUGCACGCUCAUUCCCGCCACAUCAACAAGCACAGCUGAGCUUGGGGGUUUGGGGACAGGACUCCGGUUUGGGCACAGUCACCCCAAGUAAUGUGUUGUCACAGGGCUCGCUCCAGGUUGGGCUGCAGCAGCAUUAAACCAGCACCUUUUCCACAGCAGCCGUGUGGCUCUGGCUGGGGGUGGAUGGGCAACUGGACGGCCCUGGAGGAGAUGGGCAGUGGUGGCAGCCGGGCAGUGGUGGCAGCCAGGCAGUGGGGCAUGUGUGGUCAGGGGAAGCCCCUGAGCCCCGUCCGUCCUGCAGGUCAGAAGGGGGACACAAGGAUGCCAGCAACAUGGUGUGGGGGGGAUGACUCUCCCUGCUGGGCUGCAGUGUUGUGCCAAGGGCUUGUGAGGGAGGAUGUGAGCCCAGAGCACGCUAGCCGUCUCCUGGCACUACAGAUGUGCGCAGCCCUGCUGGGGAGGUGGGCUGCCAGAGGUUGGGGGCUCACAGCCUGCCACUGCCUUGACUGUCGGGCAUGCCACAGGCCUGCUCCGGUGGGAACAGGCAACACGACAUUGACCCAGGGCAUCCCCGAGGGGGUGGGAGACCCAGCAGUACUCACCUAGGGGACAGCUGGACACGGGACAGGAGCCCUCCAGACACUACCACCAUCAGCACCCUGCUUCAGGGAUGGCAUCAGGGACACCAUGGCCCUGGCACUGCCAUCACCCUCCUCCAGCUCCCAGAGCUUCUUUAGGACCAUCCCACUGAUCCUCAAGAUCUCUCCAUGCAGACUUCUCCCCAUCUCCUCUGAUCCUUGGAGCCAAGUCCGCCUGGGGCUCAGCAGGCCCUGCAGAAAGCAGCCCUGCAGCACCCAGGAACCCUGGGUUAUGACUCCGUGCCACCCCAUCCCACGCCACAGCACACUCACUGCAGUCCAGGCUGGAUCAAGACAUGGGUGCCAACACUGCUCUAGCUGGCACGGAUGGGGCAGUGCCACCAGGGUGGGCAGGGACCUGCUGAUGCUGAGCGUGGCCGGGAAUUGCACCUUGAAGCAGCCAGGGUGCCUUCCCACUGCUCCAUCCCCCUCCUUGGGGUGCAGCAGCUGGGUACCGUGGGGGG